AUGUCCUUAUUCAUUGUUCGCAAACAUCUCGAUUUUCACCCGGUAAUGGAACCAAGGUUACAAGGAGAGAACUUGGACAACAACAAGAUAUUUUAUUCUCAGAUGGAAAAGUUGGGAGAGAAGCAUGGAUGUGCAUGUUCACAACUUGCUCUUGCGUGGAUUCUUCGUCAAGGAGACGAUGUAGUGCCAAUCCCUGGAACAACUAAGAUAAAAAAUCUGGAAAGUAAUAUGGGUUCGUUUAAAGUGAAGCUCAACAAAGAUGAUUUGAAGGAGAUUGAAGAUGAUGUGCCAAUAUCAGAGGUGGCGGGGAGUCGUGCUUUUAUUCAAUGUUCAUGGAAGUUUGCUAAUACUCCACCAAAAGCAUACCAAAGGCAUGACUUGAUGCCGGUUAUGCACCUCAAUGUGUUGAGAUUCUAG